ACCCACUAACUAACCGUCUAACCCUAGUGCGAGAGCGAGAGAGUGAAUUCAGAUUUUACAAAACAACAUAAACAAACCCUGGCCACCCUUCUCUCUCCUCUGUUUUUCUUGUUCCUCUGUUUGUGUCCUUUGUACUCGUUACUUGUUUUUGUCUAAUUGAUCGUGUCAAUUCACUACUUUGUUUAGUUUCAGCAUUGAAACUAAGGUGUUGGAGAGUGAGAAGCAUCAGCCACAAUAAAUAAUUUCUACCAUAAGAAAGAAGGAAAACCCUAAUUGAAAAAUGGAGGCCAUGGCAGAGGCUAUGGUGGAGAAGAGCGAGACAGUGAACAAUGUGAUGUGCCUCUUGACGGAGCCAGAUGGAACUCCUAUGGGUGCUCCUAUGUAUCUUCCUCAGAAUGCUGGUCCUCAACACCUCAACCAGAUUGUUAAUAAGCUUCUAAACCAUGAGGAGAAAUUACCAUAUUCUUUCUACAUAUCAGAUGAGGAGCUCCUUGUGCCACUUGAAACUUACUUGCAGAAAAACAAAGUCUCGGUGGAGAAGGCAUUGCCUAUAGUUUGUCAACCUCAAGCUAUUUUCCGAAUUCGUCCCGUGAAUCGCUGUUCGGCAACUAUUUCUGGUCAUGCUGAAGCUGUACUUUCUGUUGCCUUCAGUCCUGAUGGGCGACAACUGGCAAGUGGUUCUGGGGAUACCACUGUUCGAUUUUGGGACCUGGGCACUCAAACACCGUUGUACACAUGCACAGGACACAAGAACUGGGUCCUUUGUAUUGCAUGGUCACCAGAUGGAAAGCAUCUUGUGAGUGGGAGCAAGGCUGGAGAACUUAUUUGUUGGGACCCGCAAACUGGAAAGUCAUUAGGCAAUCCACUAAUUGGCCACAAGAAAUGGAUUACUGGUAUCUCUUGGGAACCUGUCCACCUGAAUGCUCCAUGCCGUCGCUUUGUAAGUGCCAGCAAAGAUGGGGAUGCUCGUAUAUGGGAUGUUUCUUUAAAGAAAUGUGUCAUGUGUCUCAGUGGCCAUACACUUGCAAUAACAUGUGUGAAAUGGGGUGGAGAUGGUGUCAUUUAUACUGGCUCUCAGGAUUGUACAAUUAAAGUCUGGGAAACCACGCAAGGGAAGCUAAUCCGUGAACUGAAGGGACAUGGACAUUGGGUUAAUUCUUUGGCAUUGAGCACCGAGUAUGUUCUUCGCACUGGAGCUUUUGAUCAUACUGGAAAACAAUAUUCAUCUCCAGAGGAAAUGAAGAAGGUUGCCCUUGAAAGGUAUCAAGCAAUGAGAGGCAAUGCCCCUGAAAGAUUGGUCUCCGGAUCUGAUGAUUUUACCAUGUUUCUUUGGGAACCUUUCAUCAACAAGCAUCCCAAAACUCGCAUGACAGGUCAUCAGCAGCUUGUGAACCACGUAUAUUUUUCACCUGAUGGGCAAUGGGUGGCAAGUGCAUCUUUUGAUAAAUCCGUGAAGUUAUGGAAUGGCACCACAGGGAAAUUCGUUGCUGCUUUCCGUGGCCAUGUCGGGCCUGUAUACCAGAUCAGCUGGUCUGCUGACAGUAGACUUCUUUUAAGUGGAAGCAAAGAUUCAACACUUAAGGUUUGGGAUAUUCGGACGCGUAAGCUGAAGCAAGAUCUCCCAGGCCAUGCUGAUGAAGUUUUCUCUGUUGAUUGGAGUCCAGAUGGAGAGAAGGUAGCCUCUGGUGGUAAGGAUAAAGUGUUGAAGUUGUGGAUGGGUUAGGCAAAUUUGUGGAUGAAUAUUUGGAAUCCGAAGUAAGUAUAAUCUCUAUGAAGUUGCUGAUGAGUGAAUUUCAUGGGAAUCAAUGGUCGGUAUUAUGUGGAUGCAAGAUGCAAAUCCUCUUUAAGUUAUAUGGACAACAUAUAAGAUAUGUUCAUCAGAAGUAUUACUCUACAUAGCAAUUGAGAAUAUAGGUACAGGACGAAGUUGCUCAAGUUGGGUCUCAGAAAAUGGGUGAAGAAGCUGAUUGAAACCUUGGGAGACCUAUCACAUGAUUGCAAGGUUAUAUAUACUAAAGAUGUUAUGUUGUCUGUUUUGAAGUCUUUUUUGGUCUUCCCUCCCAUAAUGAUUGUAGGUGGCAUUGUUUCUCAACUACAACUAUCAUUUGUCGAACUUUCACAAGGUUCAUUAGUAUGAACUCAAAAUUUUGGGUAGUUUGACACUUUAAUAGUGUUUUUUUUUUCUUUUUGAUUCGGACUUUUGUAGUGUUAGAAUUUUGGAUGUAAAAAUUAAAUUGCAUCUAUUGAAUUCUUUUCAUUUUAUAAAAUUGUGUUUGGCUUGUUAUUUGGGCAA